AUGGAGUUACAUGAUGGAAACCUGACAGCUGAAGAAAUAAAAUUUUUGCAAGAGUUUCCUGAGUGGAAAAAGGAGCAAGAAAAGUAUAUCACAACACUUCGUGCCUUUGCAGAUGAUGCUGACAAAAUGCACAAAAAAUUCACCAAGUCCAAAGUGGUGUCCAGUUCUGUCACUGUGGCCUCUGAAGUUGCGAACAUUGUGGGCUUAGCCCUCGUGCCCGUAACAGCAGGAGCAAGCCUGCUACUCUCCACUGCCAGCAAAGGUGUGUCAGCAGCAGCUGUAGUUAGCACAAUGGUGACAGAGUUUAGAGAGAAGUCUCACAAUAAAAAACUCCGUGCUCAGGCCAGUAUCCAAGUGCCCGUGGGUGACCACGAGCCCAAAGAACCAGCAGAAAAGCAGUCAGCCCACCUCUCGCCUGCUGGUCAGGCUCUGUACAGGUGUGGGAGAGCCCUGCAGGUUAUCAAGAAAGGCAUCCGGGCCCUCUGGCCUAUCAAAACCCAGCCACACUCGGGCACUUCUGUCAAGCAUCAUCGGACUUCUGGUAAAGUCUCGGGAGCUGCGAGAACACAAAUAGCAAAGUCCAGUCCGGGCAAAGCGCUGACUGUGGCCAAACUAGCUCGCAUGAGCGUUAGAGCCUUCGCUUCUAUGUCUCUUAAUGAGGGUAUGUCUGCUCUCUGGAAGAACUGGAAGCAACUGAGAGAUGAAUCAAAAGCCGAGCUUGCAGAAGAACUCAGGGCCCAAGCUCGGGAGCUGGAAGAGGUGCUGGAACAAUACAGCAAAUGCUACGAUGCACUACUGAAAAAGGGAACAAACCAGUACCUCUGUACAGAAAUAAACCUGAAAGACCCGAUGCAAGGUGGUCUGCAGGCUGACGUCUGCAUGGCGCUCAAAAGGGUGGUGCGGGUGUUUGAUGAUGAUGAUGACUUUGAUCUUGGCCGUAUGAACCAAAAUUCCUGUGACAGUCAAAUGGAGCAAGAAUCGACUGAUACAGGCACAGGGAAUGCAGACCUCCUUGAUUCAGAUGACCAAAAAACCCCAGCAAUGCGAGUACAUAUUUGA